AUGAAGGAUAUUUCUGAUGAAAUUAUGUUGUGUUUUGUACAAGCCACUCGUGAUCGUGAUAAUCGUGAUGUGUAUAAUAAAAAUAUCGAUACCGAAAACGAAAAUACAAAGGGCAAAAGCAAAACAAGAAUUAAGCGUGCUGCUGUAGUGAAUGACUUGUCUGAAGCGAUUGACAGUGAGGUUGAAUUAAGGGACAUACCGCUAAGCAAAGGCAGGUCCUUAAGGCUGUCUUCUGGAGAAAAGAUUCUCAAAAAAUUUCCGGACGUCAAGCGGAGUUUUAGCGACCGAUUCUCAGUCAUAUCAGAUACUAGUGGAAAAAAGGCUGGCAAAGGAAUAUUGACUAUAAGAAAAACAUGGUAA